GUGAAGAUGUAAAACCAUUUACUCCUGAGAAAACCAAGGAAAUUGUGAUGUCUCUACAGCAACCUGCAGUCUUCUGUAAUAUGGUUGGUGACUGGCCAGCCCUGCACUGGGAUGCAAAAUACCUUUCUGCGAUGCUGGAUGGAAAGACAAUCCAGUUUAGGCUAGGUCUGAAGACAGUGGACUUAGUUCCCCAGUUUGAAACCACGUGUAGCUAUGUGAAGGCUACACUUGAAGAGUUUUUGGCUUGGAGUUGUGGGCAGCUUUCUUGUCUCUCUGGACCAUUCAGUUGUUACGAGUACUCCAAAUACUGGGCUUAUGCUGACUACAAAUACAUUGCCAGAAUAUUUGAAGAGAAGCCAGAAAUUUUCCAGGAUAUCAGGUGGUCUGACUUUGGUUUUCCUGGAAGAAGUGGGAAGGAAAGCACGCUGUGGAUUGGUUCUGAAGGAGCAAACACUCCCUGUCAUUUGGACUCCUAUGGCUGCAACUUGGUGUUGCAAGUACAAGGAAGGAAAAGAUGGCACCUCUUCCCACCUGGUGACACCAGUUUCCUUUAUCCCACUAGGAUCCCUUAUGAGGAAUCCAGCAUAUUCAGCAAAGUCAAUGUUGCCAACCCUGAUCUGAAACGCUUUCCUGAAUUUAGGAAUGCAACAGCUCACGUCGUUACACUCAGUCCAGGACAGGUCCUGCUCGUUCCAAGGCACUGGUGGCACUAUGUGGAAUCCAUUGAUCCCAUCACUGUCAGCAUAAACUCUUGGAUUGAAAUGGAUGAAGAUCAUGUAGCCCGUGUAGAAGAAGCAAUAACUCGAACACUGGUAUGUGCCAUAAAAUCAGCAGAAAAUCCUGGUGAUGGAGAUCUCUGGCUAAAUCCCACAGAGGUUGAAGCAACAUCCCAUGAAAUCAAUCUUCAGUACCUGAAUAAAGCAGUCUCUGCAUAUUUGAAGCGUCAAAAGGCAAGUGUGCCAGAGCAAGCAUGUUCCAGCAGCACUGGUGCAGAGCAAAGGACAAGCACCUCGUGCAAGAGGAGGAAAAGGGAGGUUGGCUUUGAACUAGAGGGCUGCGGAUUAACUCACGAAUUUGGCUUUUCAACAUUUAAAGCAGAAAAGCUGCAGAAAAUACCUUUUGGGCCUCAUCUUAUUCAAGUUUUACCACAGUCUCAAGAAGCAAGCUCAAUGGGUGCAGUUGCAGCUGGAAGUGACAGUAGAGAUCUUCUUCAUGCAAAUGAAGGAGGACAGGUUGGAAAAUUACACUGCACCAGGAAGCAACUGGUAAUGAGUGACAACUAUGAAAUGCCUGCACAUCAAAUGGAUUCAGACGGCAGCCCAAACCCCUCAAACACAACCCUUUCUACCAAUGAUUUGCUAGACUGUUUGGUUAAUCCACAUGUCAUUAAUUUAGUGGCUCAGCUGCUGUUGGAGAGAACAAGAGUUUAAUGCCAGAGUACUUUAUCAUUUCUGAAAUAAAGAAAUCAAAU